AUGUUUUUUGAACCGAGGAACGACAUCGCCAAUAAAAUUCGCUCGCAUCGACUUCAGCAAGUUGAGGAAAAUAGGAAGCGGUUAAAACCUAUCGUCGAAACCAUUUUGUUACUGGGCAGGCAGAACAUAGCUUUUCGGGAACAUAGGGACCACGGCCACGGAAUUAUUGAAGAAGCAAAACCUUUGGUCAACGAAGGCAAUUUUAGAGAACUUCUAAGGUACAGAGUUGCUGGUGGCGAUACUGCGCUGAAAUGUCAUCUAGAGAAUGCAGCGGCCAACGCAACAUACAUCAGUAAAACUGUUCCAAACCAGUUAAUUUACUAUUGCGCAAAGGAAAUUAAAAGUGUCAUUCUCGAAAGAGUAAAAAAGGCCAAAUAUUACUGUGUAAUAUUCGACGAAACGACGGACAUUUCAAACUCUUCACAAUUGUCGUUGUGUGUGGCAUAUGUGCAUAACAACAAAAGACGUGAGGAUUUUAUUGGUUUUUGCGAUGUGCAUGAAAGUUGUUUUGAAGGCGUGUCAGCUAGAUUUAGAUUUUAG